CGGGGGCUGCGUGAGGGCGGAGAGCGGGGCGCCGCGCCUGGGGGACCCCCGGCGGUGGCGGCGGCACCGGGCCCGGCAGGGGAGCGGUACAGAGACAGGGCGCGGCGACGGGCAGCCUGUGGUCAUCCUGCUCGGAUGGGCGGGCUGCCAGGACAAGUACCUGGCCAAGUACAGCGCCAUCUACAGUCAGAAAGGCUGCAGCGUCAUCCGCUACACGGCUUCAUGGAGGAUGAUAUUCUUCUCAGAGACCUUUGGCAUCAGAUCCCUGCAGACCCCAGCCAGGCAACUUCUGGAGCUGCUCUUUGACUACAGCAUUGCAAACAGACCGGUUCUGUUCCACGUCUUCAGCAACGGUGGGGUCAUGCUGUACCGUUACAUCCUCGAGGCGCUUCACGCUCACCAGCCUUUUAAGAACCUCAGAGUAGCAGGUGCCAUUUUUGAUAGUGCCCCUGGCAGAAGAAACUUGAGAGGGGCCCUUCGUGCCUUGGCAGCUGUCUUGGCAUCCACAAACGUGCUGCUCAGGUAUUUCCUCUUCCUGGCUUUCACGACCUCGGCCGUGGCGCUGCGGAUCCUGCUGUACCCCUUGACCCGCUUCCUCCACGAGAGCCACUACGAUGCCCUGCUGAGUGCACCCUCACGCUGGCCUGAGCUCUACCUCUACUCCCAGGCUGAUGCCAUCAUCAAGGCUGGUGAUGUGAAGCACAUGGCUGAGGCCCGGCAGCAGCUCGGGGUCCCCGUCAAGGCCGUAGACUUCGUGGAUUCGGCUCACGUCAGCCACAUGCGGCUGUAUCCCACCCAUUACAGACACCUCUGUACCACCUUCUUGUCUGACUGUGUCAGGGGCUCGCCUCCUUAGUGGUGUGACGACCUCUGCUUUGCUGGCUGGGGUGGGAAAUGUUACCCCCUUCACCCUGGUGUCUCUGAAGGGAGGAAAUUAGAGGCUUCUUAGCACUUUUGGAUUUCUCAGACUUGUAGAUGGUUCAAAAAAAGCCUCCAUGUUGUAGUAGAAAGUAGAUAGGGAUUAAUUUAAAGUACUGCAGGUGAAAUCCUAGCAUGGUUGGAGCUGAUGUGCUUUACCAAGGUGUCACAGACCCUAAUUUCACACAGAGUGUUAGUUGUUUCUUCCUGUCUCCUGUUGUUCUCUGCUGUCCAUGUUGUCUCCUUGUCCCUGUGUCCGGUGUCUCUGUUCUGUUGCCUCGUACUGAUUCGCAAUACAGCUCUUCCGUGCCUUGGUUUGGUUUGGUUUGUUUUUUUCCCCUCUCUGCUCUUUUAUCUUGCAGUGAGCAAACAGAAGCAGUUCUGCAGGACUUUUCUCUUGGUGCAUCCCAGCUCUUGUUACCCUCCUUCCUGGAGGUCAGGCCCAGAAACCAAGUGGCAAAGGUGUGCACAGGGCAGUAUGACCAGCCUGGCAUCCGCUUCCAUUGAAGAGCAGUCAAAGCUUUGAUCCUUGGUUGGGAGCUCAAAUAUUUAUGACAACUUUUAUGUCCUUCAACCAAAAGGUUUAAGUUAAUCUUUUUGAAUGUGUCUUGUGUUUUGUUUUCUCUUCCUUCCGGUCUUUUGUGUGUUCUCCUGGGUGAUUUUGCUUCCUUGGAGAACUGCUCGUUUAUUGCAGCCUGUGGUGUGCAUCUUGAGGCACAGGGAAAGCAGCACAGCUGUAACCCCAAAGACCUCAGAAGCAGAAAGGUGGAACUGCAGAGAAAAAAACCCCUGUCUCUUAGAGCUAUGAUUUAUACUGGGUGUCUCUUAAAUCACUUCCAGCCCACAAAUGACCAUGACACUUGCUGUUUUUCCUGGUGAUGUUCUCUUCAGAUGAUCAGUCUUUGCUGUCUGUGCUGGUAAUACAAGAAAUUGUUUCCUUCCACCCAGUGAAAAAGGAGCUUGUUGCACCAAC